CCCAGGGAGCAGGGGGUCCUGCCAGGGAGGGGCGAAAUCGCACGAGGUCCGCAACUACAGUAGUCUAUAUUCUGCAUUUGUAUAAAGACGCUGCUUACUCCUUUGGGAAGGGCAAUCCUCUCCUGGGAUCUGAGGAGGCCAGCCAAGCAGAUCAAGCCAAGCUUUAUGAGGAGCUGGGUAUGUUGAGUUGGAGAGGAGGAGACAGAGAGGAGAUAGGAGAGCCAUGUCACCUGGGGGUAGGAUUCCAACCAAUGUCUUCAAGCUACAAGAAAGGAGAUUUGGACUCAACACUCCUAGUCAUUUUUCACGAGGCACCAAUGACUCCCUUGUCAAUCAGUUCUAACUUCAUGCAUUGACUGGAAGGAAGGAGCAACCAGGUUGAUUCACCUCGCAUUAAUCUCUUCGCUUGCCUCCACGUUUCCACAAUCUCCCUUCUAGAGGCCUAUAUCUCCUCCUCCUCCUCCUCCUCCUCCUCCUUUUUAGAAAGAUAGCUCAGAGUCUGGGCUGUGGUGCAGUCCUGCCCUGGUUCCCAGCAAGACUCAUCCAUGCUUGCUCAGGGAACCUUUUUCUUCUCCUGACAUUGUACAACUUUUGUAACAGAACAAUGUAUUUGCUUUGUAGGAGUUGCUAGAGCUUCUCAUUAAGACAGACAGAGUUUUAAAAAGAUCAAAGGGUUCCUUCCGAUCUCUCAGAGGCUUCCUGAGAGCACAGAUGGAUGAGCAAGACUCAGCUGGCCCUGGAACAGGAAGAGGCCAUGCCAUCCAAACUGGGAGCAGUGGGGGAUUCUGGGAAAACUCUGUGCAGAAGAUCCUGGGUGAGGAGGACACCCUCCACUCAGAGGGGCAGAGCCAGCAGUUCUGCUGCCAGGAGGCCAAAGGACCCCGCGAGGUUUGCAGCCGACUCCACCACCUUGACCAUCAGUGGCUGAAGCCGGAAAAGCACACGAAAGCUGAGAUGCUGGACCUGGUGAUCUUGGAGCAGUUCCUGGCUGUCCUUCCCCUGGAGAUGGAGAGCUGGGUUAGGGACUGUGGAGCAGAGACCAGUUCCCAGGCGGUGGCCCUGGCCGAAGGUUUCCUCCUGAGUCAGGCAGAGGAGAGAAAGCAGGCAGAGAGAAAGCAGGAAAAGGAUCAUUUUGAGGAAAUGGACCUGGAUUCCUGUGAGGCAGAGAGGCCUCCGUUGGACACCAGAGAGAGGCCCCUGGGUAAGGAGGAAGGUGACACAGUGAUACUGGCUAGACCUCUUCAUCCAUCUCUGAAUGGGGACAGAAUGGAAGCAGCGGCUGUGGAACCAGAUCAGGGUCCAGUAUGCUUUGAAGAUGUUGCUGUUCGUUUCACAGAUGAGGAGUGGGAGUUGCUGGAUCCUAACCAGAGAGCUCUGCAUAAAGAUGUCAUGGAGGAGAAUCAUGGGAUCGUGGCCACUCUUGAUUGUGAAGAAUUGGAAAUCAAGAAAAAGGGUGAUCAAGACAAAAUCCCCAGAGAGAAGCAAGGUAAAAAUUUGGAGUGUGGAGAGAGCUGCAGUCAGAGCUCCCAUUACACUUUCCAACAAAGAAUUAUCAUUGAAAAGAAACCCUAUCAGUGCAUGGAAUGUGGAAAGAGCUUCCGUUACAGAAAUAGUCUCACUUUCCAUCAAAGAAUUCAUACAGGGGAGAAACCCUAUCAGUGUGUGGAAUGUGGAAAGAGCUUUACUGUGAAAAGAGAUUUCCUAGUACAUCAGACGAUUCACAGUGGAGAGAAACCAUUUGAGUGUCAAGAGUGUGGAAAGAGCUUCCGUAACAAAAGCACUCUCACCACCCAUCAAAGAAUUCAUACAGGGGAGAAACCAUAUCAGUGUGUGGAAUGUGGAAAGAGCUUCACUCAUAGCUCCAAUCUCACUUCCCAUCAGAGAAUUCAUACAGGGGAGAAACCCUUUCAGUGCUUGGAAUGUGGAAAGAGCUUUAGGCAGAACGGCAGUCUCACUUCCCAUCAGAGAAUUCAUACAGGGGAGAAACCGUAUCAGUGUGUGGAAUGUGGAAAGAGCUUCAGUCAGAGCUCCUCUCUCACUUUCCAUCAAAGAAUUCAUACAGGGGAGAAACCCUAUCAGUGUGUGGAAUGUGGAAAGAGCUUCACUGAAAGUUCCUCUCUCACUUCCCAUCAGAGAAUUCAUACAGGGGAGAAACCCUAUCAGUGCGUGGAAUGUGGAAAGAGCUUCAGUACCAGCUCCAAUCUCACUUCCCAUCAAAGAAUUCAUACAGGGGAGAAACCCUAUCAGUGUGUGGAAUGUGGAAAGAGCUUCAGUACCAGCUCCAGUCUCACUUCCCAUAGAAGAAUUCAUACAGGGCAGAAACCCUAUCAGUGUGUGGAAUGUGGAAAGAGCUUCACUAACAGCUCCUCUCUCACUUCCCAUCAAAGAAUUCAUACAGGGGAGAAACCCUUUCAGUGCUUGGAAUGUGGAAAGAGCUUUAGUCAGAACGGCAGUCUCACUUCCCAUCAAAUAUUUCAUACAGGGGAGAAACCCUAUCAGUGCAUGGAAUGUGGAAAGAGCUUCAGUACCAGCUCCUCUCUCACUUCCCAUGAAAGAAUUCAUACAGGGGAGAAACCCUAUCAGUGCAUGGAAUGUGGAAAGAGCUUCAGUACCAGCUCCUCUCUCACUUCCCAUCACAGAAUUCAUACAGGGGAGAAACCCUAUCAGUGUGUGGAAUGUGGAAAGAGCUUCAAAGAUAGCUCCUCUCUCACUUCCCAUCAAAGAAUUCAUACAGGGGAGAAACCAUAUCAGUGCAUUGAAUGUGGAAAGAGCUUCAGUAUCAGCUCCUCUCUCACUUCCCAUGAAAGAAUUCAUACAGGGGAGAAACCCUAUCAGUGCAUGGAAUGUGGAAAGAGCUUCAGGAAGAGCUCCAAUCUCACUUCCCAUCAAAGAAUUCAUACAGGGGAUAAACCAUAUCAGUGCUUUGAAUGUGGAAAGAGCUUCAGUAUCAGCUCCUCUCUCACUUCCCAUCACAGAAUUCAUACAGGGGAGAAACCCUAUCAGUGCGUGGAAUGUGGAAAGAGCUUCUGUCGGAGAUCCAAUCUCACUUUUCAUCAAAAAACUCAUAGUGAGGAGAAUCAGAGGAUCGUAGAAUUGUGGAGUUGGAUGUGACCUCUGGUGUAAUCUAGUCCACCCCCUGUGAAGCAGGCAUCGCAACUAAAGCAUCCAUGACAGGGGACCAUCCAACUUCAUAAAACCUCAAAGGAUGGAGAUCCCAUCACCUUCCAAGGGAGUCCACUCUACUAACAGCUUUUGCUGUCAAAAGUUCUUCCUCAUGUUUAGUCAGAAAUCUCUGUUCUUUUAGCUUGAAGUCAUUGGUUGAUGUCCCACCCUCUGGAACAGGAAGAAGAAAAGGUUUGCUCUAUCUUCCAUUGUUUAUAGUUUUAUUGUGUAUUUGGUGUUUUUAUAGUGUGAUUUUAUGUUGUGAACUCUCUGAGACCUGUGGGAAUAGGGUGGUUUACAAAUUCAAUCAAUCAAUCAAUCAAUAGAUUCUUGGUUGCCAUCCUCUGUACAUGUUUCAACUUGUUGAUAUCCUUUUUAUUAUUUAUAAAAGUUAUGUUUUGCCCUUCAUCCGAAGAUUUCAGUAAUGGUUCUUCGUCAUCCUGGGAUGAAGUGACAAGUGAGGUGCCACAGGCUUUUGUCAUGGGCCCGUUGUUCCUCAACUUCUUUAUAAAAAAAAUUGGGUGGGGGAAUUCAGGGGAUGCUGAUGAAAUUUUAUGGUGAACCAAACUGGGAGAAGCAGCUAAUGCCACAAAAGACAGAAUUGGGAUUCAAAAUGACCUUAACGGGUUGGAGAACCGGGCCCAAGCUCACAAAGUGAAUUUCAGUAGGGAGAAAAGUAAAGCUUUGCACUUAGGCAGGAAGAACCAGAUGCACCAAUAUAAGACGGGGGUUUGAUGGACAGCAGAGUCUGGGGAUGCAGUGCCUGAGAAUUCCACCAGAGGGCCAGAGCCUCUCUGAUUGGCUACCUUGACAGAGGGAAGGGGAUGGAGCCAGGACUUUGGGCAGAAAAAUAAAAGGGAGAGAGUUGGAGAGGGCUGGAUUUGAGAUGGGAGAGAGGGUUGGAUGGAGGGAGAACUGGCUCUGUUCCUCUUUGAGGAGAAUAUCUAUAGAGCCAGGGGAAUAUCUAUAGAGUCAGACUUGUCAGUUUGCAUUUCUUAGUACAGAAAGUAUUGAUCUGAUGUGGAAAGAUCUUUCCUAUUCCAGUGAAAUCAAGAGGGUUCUCAAAGCUUCUCUGUGUGUGAGAAACAAGAAGCACAAGGUUCCUAAAACGAUUUUGAAAAUGGAUACCGAUUUCAUGCUAUUGCCGCUUCUUUAAGCCUGGAACAAUAUGAUCAUUUAAAUAAGACCCUAUAUGCUUUGCUGUUUGUGCAUAAGGAUUCGUUAAAAUAAAUUUCUACAGCUAUCUCUGUUAUUACUUUGCAACAAAU